AUGACCUUUGUCUUUCUCUUUUGUUUCUUUUGUUGUAUUGUCUCGCUCUUGUUGCCUUUUGUUUUACCUUCUCUCUCUUUUCUUUGCUUUUUUCCUCCUCUCUCUUCUUUGCUUUAUUCCUCCUCUCUCUUCUUUGCUUUAUUCCUCCUCUCUCUUCUUUGCUUUAUUCCUCCUCUUUGCUUUAUUCCUCCUCUCUCUUCUUUGCUUUAUUCCUCCUCUCUCUUCUUUGCUUUAUUCCUCCUCUCUCUUCUUUGCUUUAUUCCUCCUCUCUCUUCUUUGCUUUAUUCCUCCUCUCUCUUCUUUGCUUUAUUCCUCCUCUCUCUUCUUUGCUUUAUUCCUCCUCUCUUCUUUUGCUUUAUUCCUCCUCUUUGCUUUAUUCCUCCUCUCUCUUCUUUUGCUUUAUUCCUCCUCUCUCUUCUUUGCUUUAUUCCUCCUCUCUUUCUUUUUUAUUCCUCCUCUCUCUUCUUUGCUUUUAUUUCCUCCUCUCUCUUCUUUGCUUUAUUCCUCCUCUCUCUUCUUUGCUUUAUUCCUCCUCUCUCUUCUUUGCUUUAUUUCUCCUCUCUCUUCUUUGCUUUAUUCCUCCUCUCUCUUCUUUUUGCUUUAUUCCUCCUCUCUCUUCUUUGCUUUAUUCCUCCUCUCUCUUCUUUGCUUUAUUCCUCCUCUCUCUUCUUUGCUUUAUUCCAUGCUUUUUUCCUUGUUUUUGCCUCCCUUUUUUUCUUUGCUUUUUUUCCUCCCUUUUUUUCCUCCUUUUUCUUUGCUUUGGAUCUUUCUCUCUUCUUUCUUGCUAUUUUCUUUCCUUCUUUUAUAUAUUAUCUUUCUUUUCCCACUUUCAUUCCUUUCUUCCUUUUUAAUAUUUCAUUUAUUUAUUCUUUGUUCUUUCUUUUUUCUUUCUAUUGUUUUUCCUUCCUCACUUUGAUUUUUUUCUUCACUUUAGCAUUUUCAUUUUCUUCAUUCCCCUUUAUUCUUUUCUUUUUUUUUACAUUCCUCCUUUAUUUACCUUUCUCUUUUAUUUCCUUCCUUAUCUCUUUGUAUAUCUUUAUCCGAUGUUCCUUUUUCUCCCUUCCUUUUCCUCCCUCUUUUUGGACUUUCUCUUUCAUUUCCUUUAUAUUCCUGUUGUUUCUUCCUUUCCUCUCCAUAUGGUUUUUUGUUCCUCUUCCAUUUUUUAUUCAUUUGUUUAUUCUCUCCCUCCAUCAUUCAUGUGGAUCUUUCAUUUGCUCCCUCCCUCCAUCCUUCAUUAGUUCAUUUGCUCCCUACCUCCAUCCUUCAUUAAUUCAUUUGCUCCCUCCUCCAUCCUUCAUUAAUUCAUUUGCUCCCUCCCUCCAUCCUUCAUUAAUUCAUUUGCUCCCUCCCUCCAUCCUUCAUUAA